CUAACGGUCCCUUUGUCACUUGCUUUUGGACCUACGGCCUCAACUCAGCUUGAAAUGGACCCCAACUGCUCCUGCGCCACUGGUGACUCCUGCAGCUGUGCUGUCUCCUGCAAAUGCAGAGAGUGCAAAUGCACCUCCUGCAAGAAGAGCUGCUGCUCCUGCUGCCCCGUGGGCUGUGCCAAGUGUGCCCAGGGCUGCGUCUGCAAAGGGGCAUCAGACACGUGCAGCUGCUGCCCGUGA